AUGUCAGCAUUAUUUAAUUUCCGUUCCUUAUUACAAGUUAUCUUACUACUGAUUUGUUCGUGCACAUAUGUCCAUUCACAAUGGCCCUCCAUACUAGAUCGUUAUAAGGAUCAUGGUGCAUUAGGAGCAUUUUGGAAAAUGGCUCGUAUCGGUGAAAGAGCAAGCCCAUAUGUCAGCUUGGCGUGUAUAAUAAUGGCUAUUAACCAAUUCAAUAGUUGA